AUGGCACAGAUUAUCGACGAGAACGCCAAAGUCUGCGAAACACUCGAAGGCUACCUCGACUCGAUCGGUAUAACAACUGCAGGGUUAAAUUAUCAUACACUUUCUAUCAUUGGUCCACAAUCAUCAGGUAAAUCAACCUUACUUAACAAUCUCUUCCACACAACAUUUGAAACAAUGAACGACCAGAUAGGUAGACAACAAACAACAAAAGGUAUUCACGCAGCUUUUAACAAUCAGAACGUUUUGAUUUUUGAUAUUGAAGGCUCUGACUCAAGAGAAAGAGGUGAUGCUGAUGCUCUUUUCGAAAGAAAGGCUGCCCUUUUUGGUUUGGCUCUUUCUGAAGUUGUUAUGGUCAAUAUGUGGGAAAAAGAUAUUGGCCGUUAUAACGCUAGCAGUAUCCCACUUCUUAGAACUGUUUUUGAAGUCAACUUACAACUAUUUUCUUCUUCACAAGAAGCUAAAUGCCAUUUGCUUUUCGUAAUUCGUGAUUCUACACAUCCAGGCGAGAUUAUUGAAAACCAAGUUCGCCGCGAUCUCGACAUGAUCUGGAAGGAUGUCAUUUUACCACAGAAUUUGCAAGGAAAGAAGUUUGAUGACUUCUUUGUCUUCCAUUUCUUCCAAUUACCACACUUGAAGCUCGAACCAGAGAAGUUCAAGGAGCAAGCAGCCAAGCUCGCUUCAAUGUUUACAAACAAAGACGAACCAGGCUUCUUCUUCGCUCAGCCAAUGGGAAAACUCAUUCCAGGUGAUGGCUUAGCCCAAUACAUCCAUUCCGUAUGGGACGCAAUCUCAGAGAACCGCGAACUCAACCUUCCUUCUCAGAGAAAGACCCUUUCUAACUUCAGAUGCGAAGAAUUCGCAAAUCAAGCGUACAAAGAAUUCGAAACAAACGCUACAGAACAGAUAGUUAGUAAAAUCGAUGCAAAGCCAUUCACUGAGUUCAAAGAAAUCGGUCAAAAACUCUUUGAAACAGCGAUUCAUAAUUAUAAUCAACAAGCAAACAAAUACGUUCGUGAUAUCGCUAACGAGAAACGCCAGUCCCUCCAGGAGAGAAUCUCAUCCUUCCUUGCUCCUUCUUUCCAGAGAAACUGCACAAUUUUCAAAGAAUCUGCCGAAAAGAAAUUCACAGAAUAUAUCGAGAAGCUUCCUACAGAACUCGAAGAAUCCAACGAAUGGGAGCAAAACGCCAACAAGAAACUCGAAGAAACAAUCAAAUCCAUCGAUGAAUUUGUCAAAUCUACAAUGAUACCAGAAUUCAAGUGGCAAUUCGAUGUUUCCGAUAUAGAAGACAAUCUACAUACUCUAAUUACCAAUAAACUCGAUACUGCGAUAUCCGAAAUGGAGCAACGCGUUUUUGAGCGCCGCAACAUCGAAUACAAGGAGAGAAUCAAUGCAAUUCUCGAUUCCGCGGAGCCAAAUAUGUGGGAAAGGCUUCGUUCCGAAAUGAGAAAUGAGAUCACCCAAACAACCUCCGAAAUCAACAAUAUCCUCAAGAAGAAUACUGUUGAUAGACAUCCAUCUCCAAAGAUCGCUAACAUGUACUACAGAUCCACAGAUUCCCAGAUAACUUCCGCUUCCCAGUUCAUCCAGCAAAAGAUGAUCAUCAGAUUCGAAGAGAAGUUCCUCCAGGACGAAGAGCACAAGUCAAGAGUUUGGAAACCAGACGACGAUAUCUCGGCAAUCUUCGAGUCAGCGAGAGAGAACGGUCUACAUAUCUUAAACAUGUUCACUAACUCUCAGCUGAGAGAGCCAGGAACACCUGUCCCGUUAAAUGAUAUCUUAACAAGACAAAUCCUCACACAAAUCAGACGCGAACAAAUUUUAACAGAAUUCAACGAUACGAUCGAAAAAUCUUACAUAUCAGCCGUACAAAUUCGCGAAUCUCUUAUCGUUAGGAAUACAGUUCCACUCUGGAUGUGGAUUGUUAUCGCAAUUGGCGGUUACCAGCAAUUAGUAUCAGUCGUUGAGCAUCCAUGGAAGACAUUAUUCUUACUUGCGGCCAUUGGCCUUGUUUACUGGCUCUGGAGUAACCAGAAAUUAGAUAAAGUUAUUAAAGUCGUCAAAAACUACAUCACACGCGUUCUCUGCAUCAUCGUUAAAUUACUACAAUCUACAACGCAGGAGAUGGAAGUCGCUCCUUCGAUUCUACAAGCUUCCAAGAAAUCUGCAGCAAAUGACAUGGAACUUAUCAAGAAAGGACUCGAUGACAAGAAGAUAGAAGAUGAAAAGACCCUUGAAACAGCAGAUACACUCGAUACAAUGACAACUGAAGUCUCUGAAUCGAAUUCUACUUCUGCAUCAACAAAUUCACCAUCAAAGUCCGAAGAUUCCAAGGAACCAGCACCAGCUCCAAAGCCAAGACACAGAAAGAGAGUUUCUACAAGUAACAAUCCAUACGCAACACUCCAACCAAACAGAAUCAACCAGGCAGAGCUUCUUAAGAUGAAGGAAAUGAUCCAGAAGAGACAAGCGGAAAAGCACUAA